AUGUCGGAACAUUCUGAAGGUGAAACUCCCCAAAAUGUCCCUAAGAAAUAUACAGCUUUUGGACAAUUACAAGAGCAAGAAAAUAUGAGGUCUCUCUUUGGUAGAUCUUCAGCUACCAAGCAGGACAGAACUGUCCACGAUCAGACGGUAAAAGCGCAAACGGAGGAGAUUGUUGGGAGCCAAUUUGACCCCUGGAGUCAGAACAUCUUUGGUUAUCGAUCCAACUCAAAUCAGCAGCUCUCAAACGUACAACAAGGGUCCACUAUAUCAGGAUAUCCGUAUGGUAAUCUCUCUUCAGCUCCUACUGGAGUUGGUAAUCGAUAUGGAGUAAUGGCCGCAAUGUCCAAUUCAAAAAUAACCGCCGGCUACAUGGAGUCACUUCAGAAGAUGCAAGGAGCGCAUAGGCAGAUACCUCCGGCCAACUUAAGUACUCUGAAAUCGAAUCAGUGGAGUCAAUCUCGGGUAUUUCCUGACAUGCUUUCGGCGCCAACACUUGAGCGUUUUGGUUCUUCCCCUGACCUCACCACUGCUUACUCACUGAAUGCACCAAAUCCUGGCCCAAGCCAAGAGUGGAAGUCAAUGAACUUUGUUGAACCUUACCCAAAUCAAUUGGGAGUUGACUCUAUACCCCCCACAUUGUCUUGGGAGAUGAUCAGCAAAUUCAACUCCAGGAUUGAUGAGCUUCCGUAUGACACUGAGCUUCCGUGUCUCCUUCCUACCACAGGGACGCAGAAGUUUUAUGAUGCUUUGACCUGCACCGAAGUAGGAUGUACUGAACCUUUCAACCCAACCGACACUGUCUUGAUUUCUCUAGUCAAGGAAUCUUGGCACGGAGAACAUCCGACUAGAAAACUACGACAUGGAUUCCAUGUAGAUGAGGAAACAAGGGAUAGAUUGCGUGAUUCACCACCAUACCAUGCUUUGAGCUCGUACCUUGAGCACAGAGAGCAGCAGAAAGAAGUGGACCGGAGGUAUGAGCAAACGGAGAACAAUUGCAACACGAGUGACAUUAGGACGUUUGACGUGACAGCACGUCAACGUUUCAUCCCUUCCAUCGCCAGGCCAUCAACACUCCGACCUCUUUGUUUCAACUCAGCAGUGGUCAAGAGAAUUGCUAGUUUGACCCAUUAG